AUGCCUUCUUUUGACCAGUCGAAAGCUUACGCCGAGCAAGAAGAAGUCUUCUUCGACGAUGGCCGCGAGAUCGAACUCUUGCAUUUCAUCUACAAUCUGCCCGACCUGGAGGAGAUCCGCGGCUCGCCGCAGAGAGUCUUGGAGGCGAUUGAUCGGUUCGGGAGAACGAAGAAGUACCUGAUGAAUGUCGGGGAGGACAAGGGGAGGAUUGUCACGGGGUUGAUCGCGGAGAGGAAACCGGAAGUCAUGGUACGAAAUAUACAUUCCACUUCACUCCCAAACGUCUUGAAAAAAACAAUUCUCCUAAUAUUCUUCUUAUUAUUUUACAGGUCGAACUCGGCGGCUACAUCGGCUACUCGGCCAUCCUCUUCGGCGACGCGCUCCGCCGCGCCGGCGGCACGAGAUACUACACCCUCGAGCGCAACCCGGAAUUCGGCGCCGUCAUCGCCGCCCUCGUCGCCCUCGCCGGCCUCGCGGACACGGUGCACGUGGAAAUCGGCUCCUCGGACGCCUCCCUGCAACGCCUGCACCACACCCACCGACUGCCCACCGGCAAAAUCGACCUCGUCUUCCUCGACCACUACAAACCCGCCUACACCACGGACCUGAAACUCUGCGAGGAACUCGGGCUCGUGCGCGAGGGCUCCUGGCUGGCGGCGGAUAACGUCAUCAAGCCCGGGAAUCCGCCCUACCUGGCGUACGUGCGCAGUUCGGUGGCGGAGAAGCGGGAGAGGUACGCCGCGGCGGGGGAGGGGGAGGAGGAUGUGGAGGGCGCGUUCCAGGCGAGACAGACGAAGCAGUAUGCGAAACGCGUGGCACGGGAGGCUCUGGGGAGGAGUCGGGGGAAUCCGAAUCUGGUUUAUGAGAGUCGCUUGGUGGAGAGUUUUGAGCCGACGGGGGAGCCGGUGAGUUUUGUUUUUUUCUCUCCUUCUUCUUUCUCUUUUCUUUUCCCUUCGUUGAAUUCGGAGAGUAGUCGCGUGAAUGAAGGAUGUGGCUAAUUUCCGAUUGAUUGAUAACAGGACGGAAUCGAAAUCACAAAGUGUGUGGGCGAGGAGAAGGAUGGAGCUUGA